AUGCCCAGACCCGGUCAACCGGGUCGGAUCGUCUCCGGAUCCUAUUUGGAAGAAGGCAUGGGCCCGGACAUGAACAUGCGGCGUCGUGGUGGCGGUGGCGGUAAUGGGGCAGAUCAUCCUGCGGCAGGACCGAAAUCUCUGAAACAAGGUCGCAGUGGUGGUCGGGGCGGGAAAAGACCGGCCGGCAACAGGAGGAGACGGAACCGGCCGUUCUGGAAGCAGAAGAAAUGGAUCUGGGUUGGCAUUGUGGCUGCUGUUGUUGUCGCUGUCGCGGUCUCGGUCCCCCUCGCCUUGCUUCUGCAUAAAAAGAACAAGAGUUCCGAUUCUGCCUCGUCGUCAGACUCUGGAUAUGAUGCGUUGACCGCGAACCUGGCUUCAAUCAGCCCUGAUAGCAUCCCGGCAUCUGCAAAGGGCACGUAUCUAGACCCGUACACCUGGUAUGAAACCAUUGGCUUCAAUAUAACCUACACGUCGGCCACGGUCGGUGGUCUAUCGAUCAUGGGAAUCAAUUCCACCUGGGAUGACUCGGCCAGGCCGAACCCGUACGUGCCUCCGCUGAACGAAUCGUUUCCGUAUGGAACUCGACCAAUCCGCGGUGUGAAUCUGGGCGGUUGGCUGGCUAUCGAGCCGUUUAUCGUGCCGUCCUUGUUUGACGAUUACUCGUUGGACCAGGGGAUCAUCGAUGAAUGGCACCUGACCCGGCAACUAGGUAGCUCGGCGAACCGGACCAUCGAGGCGCACUACGCGACGUUCAUCACCGAGGAGGACUUUAAGGAGAUUGCAGAGGCGGGCCUUGACCAUGUUCGGUUGCAAUACUCGUACUGGGCCGUGACAACGUACGAGGAAGAUCCGUAUGUGCCCAAGAUCUCAUGGCGAUACCUCUUGCGGGCGAUCGAAUGGGCGAGAAAGUAUGGCUUGCGAGUUAACCUGGACCUGCAUGGGAUUCCGGGCAGUCAGAACGGAUGGAACCAUAGCGGCCACCAGGGUUUGAUCCGGUGGUUGAACGGCACGCACGCCGAACUUAACCGUAACCGGUCAAUCGAGAUCCACGACCAGCUCUCCCAGUUCUUUGCGCAGGAUCGGUACAAAAACGUCGUCACCCUCUACAGCCUGGUCAACGAGCCCCUCAUGCUCGAUCUCCCCAUCGCCGCCGUCCUGAACUGGACCACAGAGGUGACGGAGCUGGUCCAGAGCAACGGCAUCACCGCCUGGGUCGUCUUUCACGACGGCUUUCUCAACCUUGACAAAUGGGACUACAUGCUCAAGGACGCUCCGUCGGGUAUGAUGCUCGACACACAUCAAUACACCAUCUUCAAUACGGCAGAAGUCGUGCUCAACCACACCGCUAAGAUCGCCUUGAUCUGCGACAGUUGGUACCCCAUGAUUGAAGCCAUCAAUGUAACCAGCACAGGCUGGGGACCAACCAUCUGCGGCGAAUGGUCCCAAGCCGACACAGACUGCGCCAAGUACCUGAACGACGUGGGCACCGGGACCCGCUGGGAAGGCACGCUGCGCUCGGUCGACGGGACAGCCUACUGUCCCACCGCAAGCGCAGGGACAUGCAACUGCACACUGGCCAACGCAGAUGUCUCCGAGUAUUCGACCGAGUACAAGAAAUGGCUCCGAACGUACGCCGAGGCGCAGAUGUCCGCCUUUGAGACGGCCAUGGGCUGGUUCUACUGGACGUGGCACACUGAGUCGGCCGCCCAGUGGAGCUACAAGGUCGCCUGGAAGAACGGCUUCAUGCCCGAGAAGGCCUACAAGCCUUCCUUCGUCUGUGGCGAUGAUAUCCCUGAUUUUGGCGAUCUGCCUCAAUACUACUAG